UAACCAAGAACGAAAAUCAAAGAUCACACAGAAAGAAAAAGGGAAAGAGAAAAAGAUGGCAGCUUUGCCUCUGAAGGAGCAAACUCAUUUUGUUCUGGUGCAUGGCGCAUGCCAUGGUGCUUGGUCCUGGUACAAGCUCAAACUACGGCUCGAGUCCGCCGGCCAAAGGGUCACGGCCCUUGAUCUUGCUGCUUCAGGUAUCAAAACGAAGGCAAUCGAAGAUGUUGGCAGCUUUCACGAGUACACUGAGCCAUUGUUGGAGCUUUUGGUCAAACUUCCUCCAGACCAAAAGGUUGUAAUCGUGGGGCACAGCCUUGGAGGCUUGAAUUUAGCCCUUGCAAUGGAAAAGUACCCUGAGAAAGUUGUUGCAGGGGUUUUCCUGACGGCUUUUAUGCCAGAUAUCACGCACAAGCCGUCAUAUGUUGUGGAACAGUAUAGUGCGAGAACACCAGCAUCUGAAUGGUUGGACACUCAGUUCGCCCCGUUUGGAAGCGUCAACGCUCCUUUAACGUCAAUGUUCUUCGGCCACAAGUUCUUGUCCUCCAAGCUCUAUCAACUAUGCCCAAUUGAGGAUCUUGAACUCGCCAAGGCUUUAAUAAGGCCCAGUUCACUGUUUAUUGAGGACCUGUCCAAGGCAAAGAAUUUCUCAAAGCAGGGAUUUGAGUCGGUUCCCCGAGUAUAUGUUGUGUGUGAUGAGGAUCUAGCAAUACCCGGUGAAUUUCAGCGAUGGAUGAUUGAAAACGGUGGGGUAAAAGACGUGAUGGAGAUUGAGGGUGCUGAUCACAUGCCAAUGCUUUCAAAGCCGAACGAACUCUGUGAUUGUCUCCUGCAUAUAGCAUCUAAAUACACUUAAAAUAUGUGUGGCGUGGGAUACUAAAUAACGUUCAUCUUAUCAAUAAUUCCUUGAGGAGUUGUCAUCUAUCAUACUACUUUUAAUAGUAAUCUAUCAGUAUUAAUUGCUUGCCA